AUGUCGUGCACGGCCACAGAAACUCAAAUCCAAGAACGGGAAGACUUCUACGACUCCCCUUAUCUGGCCGAGCACUACGACCUGUUCUCCGCACGUUUCUGGGAGCCGGAAAGGCUCGACGCCCGGAAAGCGCACGACCCGACUUCCACCCACCCAUUCAUCGUGCUGGACGUUGGGACCGGGUCCGGGCGUGUGCUCAGUGGCUUGGUGCUCGGGGCAUGCCAGGAUGCGCAGGUAGAUCUGGCCGACGACGACAUUGAGUUUGUGGGCUUGGAUGUGUCGCCGCACAUGCUGAGUCGGGCCGCGGAGACCCGCCCCAUUCCGCGGGGCAUCUGUACCUCGUGGGUCCUGGGAUCUGCCCUCGACCUUCGCGCCAUUCCCCUCCUGAAAGGGGGGGAUGCCGUGAAGGUGGACUUUCUGGUCUUCGCCGCCGGAGGCAUCGCCCAUCUGGUCGACGCGGGUCAGACUGAAGCGUUCCUCCGGGAGGUGGCUGCGGUGCUCCAGCCCGGCAGCGGACGAGCCUUCGUGUCGUUCAUGAAUGCGGUCAUGGACAGUGCCGACGAGGAAUCCAUUGAUCCGGUCAAGGAGCAACAGGAGCUCCCUAGCGGGAAGUUUCCCGGUAUCGUCUACCGAACGAUCAACGCCAGUUCGGAGAUCGUGGGGAAGACGCACAUUGACAGACGCGACAUCCUCGUCAUCAAGAAGGAGACCGAUGGUUCUGAGCGGGUCCUGGAAAGAAACACCAUCUCAACGAGAUUGGCAUCGUGGAGCCCCGAGGAGUUUGCUGGGAUGGUCCAGGCGACGGGACUUGAAAUUGUCGACACCAUCAAAGAACGCGUGGAGACCUAUUAUGCUCUGAAAUUGCGAGGUUGA